AUGGAACCGCGCCCAACCCGCACAGAUAUCCCGCCGUGGGUGAUAGUUCCCGAAGACCUGAAGGAUCCAGAGGUGUUCCAAGUCCAGACGCGGCUGCUGGAAGCCCUAUUUGGUCCGAAGGGAUCUCGAAUCCCUAACAUCGAGCAAGUGAGCAAGACCAUGCUGGAGCUGAAGCCUCUAGAAGCUUCUGACCUCACCGAAGUCAUGGUUUAUGGCAACUACUUGUACAAGCUUCGGACCAGGUGGAUGCUGCAGUCCAUGGCUGAGAGGAUUCGCCAGCGCGUGGAGCGAGGAAUGAUCAAGCUUGAGGAAGCCAUGCAGUCCCUGGAACUAGGCCAGCCAUCGAAUGAAGACACUGGCACCCCUACGCAGACCUGA